AUGAAUAUGUUUGGUGAACAAGCAACCCAAUGGUCUGCUCCCGGUAAUUUUGAAUCAAAUUUAGCAUUCCUCCAUUCGCAAGGUCAAUCUGACACCAGAAUUGUUCACGACCAAUAUCAAUACCAAGGCGCACCGAACCCACCAAGUUAUCCACAAGACACUAUUGUUUCAAGUCUAGGACUAUUUGGCAUGUUUCCAUUCAUUGGCUACCCACAGGACCAGGAGCACAACUUUCAGCUGAAUAAAAAUUCUGCAGAGCCAGCGGCAGAACCCAUUGCAGUUUCUCCCAAGUCGCUCAGUUUUUGCGGCCCACAGAUGACGGGACCCCUCACUCCGACCGCCGGUUUGGGGCUACACACAAGUCAACUGAUUCAGCCAGAAGCCUUCAAGAGUAGUUUCAGCAUAAUUGGAUACGGCUCCACCACUCCAUCCACAACAUAUGAGAAUAAUGAGGGCGGGAAUAUGGGGUACGAAACUGGAACCUCAUAUCAAGUAAACAACGAAAAUGUUGGGCUUACAAAAGAAGAGUUUAACUAUGCAUUCAAUUCGGGUUUCAAAUCUGAUCUUGAUAGUUCCAUGAGUACAGAUAACCCACCAGCCAGUCUAGAAAGAUCACAACUUGACCAACAUGGCCUCUAUGGCCCAGAUAUCAGCCACUUGCUUGAUUCAAUCUUCAAGGAAUCUGCGUCGAUGCCGGUUGACUCUACUAGAGAUGAUUGCCUCCCCGGGUAUAAACCUCCAACUCUCGUUCAGCAAGUAGGGUUAAACUUACCAACACGAAAUCAGAUUAAUGUCAAUUCUCACCAGCGCCCGGAGAGAGGUCAUCAAGCCGGUGUCUUGAAACCACUUCAAAAUAGAACGCCAGAAGCCUUAGGCGGCAUUUCUGACCAAGAAAUGAAACCAGCCAACAAACAGCUUCCCAAAUACUUCCCUGGCGAGAAUCCCGAGAUUCUAGAACUUCCGAGAAUCGCCCGUAACCCCCCAAACAACUUCCCGAACGACAUUGGAACAGAUCAAUUCCAAAAGCGCAAGUUCUCAGACGAAGAAGCGGACCAAAGUUUUAUCUCUUGUCGUACAAUCAAAACCACUCGUCGUGUGAUGACAGGAGGGAAGAAUUCCCGAGGAGCCGCAACUUAUUGUCCUUUGAUCACUGUAUCAAUCCCUUCAGUCCCUUGGAUUCCAGAAAUCAAUUGCGGAUCCAAGACAAAUUCAAAAACUGCCAAUUCCCGUCGGAGUAAAGCUGGUUCAACUCUCCAAAAAAAGGCAAAAGUAGAAAAGCAUUGA